AUGGUUGGCAGCCGCUUUUUUGCAAGCUGUCUUGUAUUGGUUCUCCUUGGAAAGUUAAAUUGCUCCGGAAACAACACUGACAAUGGAGUUCAAGAAACCGAUGAAGAGAAUCCCGUGAUUACUAGAGAAUUUCCGUCGAAGAAAAAAGUUUAUGAAACCACACUGAAGCCUAACGCCGUUCAUGUCUAUUAUCUGAAAAUGAACGAAACGUACAUAUUGGAUUUAAUCAGAGUUGCUGCAGAAAUUACACAUCCGACUUUAUUCGGAAAGGAAGAAGAUACAAUUCUUGAUGUGACAGUUUCAAAUGGGCGUGAUAAUUUUGUGAUAAAGCUACCAGUUGUCUAUCCGGAAGGGUCAUUGUACACUUAUGGAAAGCUUCUGAAUCCACUAAUUCCUGAUGAUUUCGGACCAAAAAGAAGCAAGAAAAACAAAAACUCGACCGAAACUCAAAAUCUCAUUGUGACUGUCCAAUCGAGAUUGAGGGUGGACAUUGAUUACAAGCUCUUCUUGACUCAUUUGGAUCGAUCUCAAUAUGAUUUGAAGUUCAAGCCUGGACAAUCAGAGAAAACGUUACAAAACCAAAAGUUAACAUUCGUGAAGCCGAUGGGAUUCUUUUUGGAUGCCAAAGAACAAGAUGUAAAAUCAUUUCAUAUCACAGUGACUAGUGAGGACGAUAUUUGUGCGAACGUGAUUACUGUCCCGGCUAAUGAAUCAAUUUAUGAUCGUCCAGUUGAUUCUGAUAAAGCUGACAAUCAACGAGUAAUCACAUUCAACCGAAGAGCCGACAUAUUCUUCUCAGAAAAAGAAAUCGAGUUGUUCACGUCGUUUCGGAUAUUCGUGUUCGUUUCUCCUGUUGACUCUCCAUGCUCACUCAAAACAUCACGGAAAACUUUCAACGAACAGAAAAAGAUGACAUUUGAAUUCAAAAAAUUAGAACCAGACUCAUAUUUCAUGCCGACAUUGGCUAUGAUUGCAUUCUUUAUUAGUCCCUGCCUCAUCGUCGCCUCAAUUUUGGCUGUUAAUGUAUGGAGAAAUCGAGAUCCUUCAAACACUUCAGCUGAUUUGGUUUCUUUUGAAUCUGAUGAGCCGAAUCAUCCAAACCCAAACACAAGUGAUGAACAAUUAGUUGUGAUGGAAGAGGAGGAAGUAAAUUUACAAAACCAUGAAAAUUUACAAAACCAUGUGGAAGCAGUCUCGGUAAAACAAGAUUCUCUAUCUCUUCAUGGUCAAGUGCUCCGAUAUCCUAUUGCAAUAAUUCUUCCUGUUCUGAUGCACACAGCCGUUCAAUUCCACAAUUUCACAUUUUCAACAAUGGCGAAUCGAGACGAAAUGUGCUUCCAUAAUUCUGCAUGCUCAAAACCUCUUGGAGAACUUCGUGCUUGGAAUAACAUGAUCAGUAACAUUGGAUAUGCGAUCUACGGAUUUGUCUUCAUAUUGAUAACGAUGUUUAGAAGAUGGAGACAUCAUUCGGCACUCGUUGGAACAUACGAAUGCACAUUACUAGAUAUUACGAUUGGAGUCUUCAUGAUAUUACAAGCAAUUGCAAGCGCUACGUAUCAUAUUUGUCCCAGUGACAUUGCUUUUCAAUUUGACACACCUUGCAUACAAGUUAUCUGCGGCCUACUAAUCAUUCGCCAAUGGCUUGUGCGUAAAGAAUCUCCAUCUCCAGCUUACACGAAUAUGCUAUUGCUCGCCGUUGUUUCUUUGAACUUUCUGAUCUCCACACUUUCGAAAUCGUCCCGUGUUCGAUAUGUGAUCGCUACUAUUCAUUUUAUAGCCGUCGCCACAAUCUGCUUAAAAAAACAGAAGAAAAUGGGAUCUCGAAAAGACGCCGCAAAGUUCAUGAUUUUCUUCGCAGUUGCCAACUUCAUUUUAAUGACGAUGUAUUUGACGUCAUCGAAAAUUCAUCUCAAUCAAAUCACCACCUAUUGCUUCAUUCUCAACUGCAUAGUAUAUUUGACUUAUUAUGCCAUCAUGAAAGCUGUAUCACGUGAAAGCAUUGGGUUAAAGGCCAAGAUUUGUGGAACUCUCGCAAUUGUCGGAUGGAUCACAGCGGGCUACUUCUUUUUCCAAGAUGACACUGAUUGGACGAGAACAGCCGCUGCCAGCAGAGCACUCAACAAACCUUGUCUUCUGUUAGAUUUCUUCGGCUCACACGAUCUCUGGCACAUUUUCGGGGCACUCGCUGCUUUAUUCACAUUCUUCUCUGUAUCUUUCGUAGAUGAUGAUCUUGUGAACACCCCUAAAUCCUCAAUUAACAUUUUCUGA